CCUAAACUAUCAAGCACUUCAAGCUGCAGCACAUUGACCGUGACACUCAUUCAUUGUUGGUCCUCUCAUUCAAACAGCCCAUUUCAUGCAACGGAAUAUCAUCCAGUACAUUCUAUAACAUGCCUCUUCCUGUACAGUCGCAGACUCAACGUACUCAUUUGCGUCGAGUUCGGCUCGCCCUCGCUUGCGUGUCCAUUGCUGCCAAUGCACUUUGUGGUGGAAGUGUUUUUACAUUUUCCCUCAUGUCACCUGCUUUGGUCGAUCACUUGAAGUUGACUCAACCUCAACUGACGACCAUAGCCUUAGCCGGGAUGAUGGGCCAAUAUCCCUUCGCAGCCAUGAUAGGCAAGGUUGUCGACAAAUACGGUCCUUGGGCCUGUUCCAUCAUCGCUAGUUGCUUGUUCUUCGCAGGCUUUGGAUUAUUCGCAAAGGAAAUUGCUAACACACCAGAUGAUAUCACUGGACCUUCAUCAUCCACAUUCCAUCAUCUUACCCUCUACUUCUUUAUCGCGGGACUUGGAACUGCCUUCUCAUAUUUCUCUUCCAUAUUUGCUGCCUGUAAGAACUUCCCGGAUUUCAUCGGCAUAGCAUCUGGAACGAGCAUCACCUUGUUCGGCUUAUCGCCGAUGUUUAUAUCAAUACUGGCUUCGAGGUUCUUUUCCCAUCCCGACGAAGGUCUUGAUAUCACGCACUUCUUACAGUUCCUGGCCCUUUUUUGCGGUGCCGUUCAUUUAUUCGGUGCCUUUACUCUCCAUAUUAUACCUCCCCCUGAAGAUCCUCCAAGCGUUGUCUUGGAGGAUCCAGAAGGGUCAGUCCACAUUGACGAGCAAACAGCUCUUCUCCAUGGAAAGCGCGGUCGUACUGCUGAAGUCGAGACUGUUGUCGUUGCUUCCCCCAUCAAGGGUAGUCCGGUAGUUGACCUUGUCAAAGACCGUUAUUUCUGGGCCCUGGCAUUUGUCUUGUUUGUGAUAUUAGGUUCUAGCGAAAUGGUGAUAUCCAACAUUGGCACAAUAGUACUUUCUCUUGCAUCACAAACUUCAAGCACAAUCGGAGCUCCAUCUACUGAUAUGGCAACUGCAACGCAAGUCCGGUUUCUUUCUAUUGCCAACACACUCUCUCGGCUGGUUGUCGGACCUUUGGCGGACUUUGUGUCUCCUACAGCCACUGCAUCUGGUACCCAAAGUAUAUCCCGCAAGCGCCAUGUCAGCCGUGUGGCAUUUCUCUUCUUCUCGGUACUGGUACUUGCAUCUACCUAUCUGUGGAUGGUACUCGGCGUAAAGUCACAAGUGGACUUGUGGGCUCUUAGUAUCGGCGCUGGGGUCGCUUACGGUUCAGCUUUCACAAUCUUACCGAGUCUGGUGUCGUCUGCGUGGGGUAUAGACGACCUCGGACGCAACUUCGGCAUUCUAACCUACGCUCCUUUUCUCGGUGCUCCUGCGUUCUCAUACUUCUAUGCCUUCAAUGCCGCAAGUCACUCGAGUGAUGGCGCUGUCUGUAAAGGCAUUGAGUGCUGGAGUACGACCUUUUCAUGGUAUACUGCGGUUGCUAUCGUUGCGUGCGGUGUCACUGGAUACCUCUGGCGCAGUUGGAGAGACCAAGUGUAGUCCGCAUUAGUGCGGCAAUGUGUAUUAUGCGAUAUUUCAGAUUUGUCUAGUGUCUCAGCUGUCCAGCGCAGAUAGUCAAAAUACUCUGGUAACAUGGAUUGUACGUGUAAAUUUGUGUAAAGUAGAGUCGAAUUGUUGUUUGUACAACCCUUCACAUGCAGCCUUGUCCCAAAUUUGUUGUUUCGGUGCCAUAGC